AUGUGGGGAGAGCGGGAAAAGUCCACCGCCACAAAAUGGAAAAUGUCCAAUGACGAUGAAGUUAUUAUAAUUUCCCCGCGUUUUCUGUCAAACAAGGUUCUGGCUAAGUACGAAACGGGAUAUGAUCUGGAUAACCUGGAGACUGUCCUGCGCACCAUGGACACGGCGACAGCUACGUCUCAACUGCAGCUGUCAGAUCCAUUACUCCGGCGUGCAGUUGCUGACGGCCGUUGUCAACCUGACAGAAAUUUCGGACUCGCCCUCUAUUUGUUCAUUUUGCCAACGGAGAUUCACUCGCAGCCAUGCCCACUGAUGAUGCUUCUCAGAGAUGCUCUCAAGCGCCACUGGGGAAUUUGCAAAGUCCGCCUCGAAAAUGGGUCAGAUAUACCACUUCUGCCUGCUCGUAGACCCAGAUUGAAGAAGCCAAGGGCCUGCAAUCGCUGCGUCCGCUUGAAGCGCGCUUGCGAUCGCAGUGUUCCUUGCAGUACAUGCAGUAUACGGAACUACGAGUGCUCUUACGAGCGGGCAGCCAGUUCCAAGACAUCAGCGGUUUCAGAAGAUUCGUCACAAGCAGAGACGAAUGGCGCAUACCAACAAGAGAUAUCCUAUGGUGUUGUUAAAGCAGAUGACGCAAUGCCUGUCGUCUUGGCUGAGUUCAUUGACUACUCACAAGAGUGGCUUCGAUGUGAGUCCCUACCAUUUCCAGUCCUCAACUUCGAUGUCUGGAAUAAUGUCCGCGGAAGUAACCUGCAUCUUGGACCCUGUUUCGAUCAGACAGUUCCAGGACAAAAGUUAACUCUACCGUUUCUAAAACGAUUUACCGAGUCAUCCGGCAUCGCUGAUGGUUUCGACUGCGGCACCUUAGCUCAAAGACGCCAGUUGAACAACACCCUCAACGACUCUUCUUGUCAAGAUUUGGCCGCUAAAUCAGGUGAGAUCUUGGGCAUGAUAAAGAGAACUCUGACUCGAACGCGAUCAUGUUCCCAUGCCAGCAUAGAAUGGUCUCCCAUCGUGGAAAAAGCUUGUCUCGACUUCUUUUCACCCAGCAAUCUCCACAGGUUCCUACUUCUCUUCUGGUCCGGCUGGUAUCCUAAUAGUCCCAUAAUUCACAAACCAACCUUCAACUCCGAAGCUGAGCCCCCAAGACUUAUUGCAUCGAUGGCUGUUCUGGGAGCGUGUUUAUCUCCAGACUUUAAUGACUGUGUACGUGCAAUGGCAUGGCUUACGCCCGUUGAGGAAGUAGUCUUUGCCGACAAUAUCCUAUAUGACGAUUCUAUCAUUGCGUCUCCAAACCUUGUUGGGGAUGAGGCGGUAGUGUGGGAUAAACUGAAGGCGUUGCAUGCUGCGUACUUUAUAUGUAUUGCGCAGAAUUGGGAGGGGUCGAAAGAGGGGAGAAAGCGUGUUCGAAAGGAUCGCUACAGUCGCAUUGUCUCGAUCGCUAGAUCGUUUGGUCUCUACAACUUAAGCCUGGCGAAGUUGGAUACUACGUUCUCUACUCAACAGAAAUGGGCCAGGUUUAUACUCCUUGAAAGCAUGAUUCGACUGCCGCCGAGGGUAAUAUCGCUUGAACUCAAUACUGGACUGGUUUGUCCUGAGUACCAGACCACUCUGGUGGACGUGUCACAGGUAACGCCAGCAGCCACUGGUUUAAGUCGGUGGAUAUGGUUAUGGCAACGAGAUGGCCAUAUUGUGGUCGAUUCCGACGGCUACUCCUUUGAAAAUAUGUGGAAACGUGCCGGGUUCAUGCAACAUGCCAACGAAUAUUAUCAUCUUGCUUGCGCAAUGCUUGAGCGAUGGAAGCUUAGCGAGAGACAAAUUGGCAAUACCUUGACUGCCUGGGCAGCGCCGCUUGGGUCAGUACAGGGUAACCCAAAGUAUGAUGAUGGGGAGAUGGUCCAGGUCAAGGCUCUCAUUCAUGAUAUGGAAAAUAUGACCUAUUAA